UGGACUGCCCUGGACUUGAACGAUUACAAAUUGUGACAAAAUAUGUUAAUAUUAGUUUAUAUCAUAUUUUUGACAAUUUUCGCUGGUCGCCUGUGUGAAGAAGAAUUUUGUUCAGCAGAUAAUGAGAUAAAAUCCUGUAAAGAAAAUGAGAUUGCUCACCAAUAUUCACUGUACACGAAAGAAACAAAUGAAAGAUACAAGAAAUAUCUAGUGGCGAUUCAAAAUGCAGAGCAAAACUACAAAGAAUGUAAUAACACAAAGCAUAAGUGCUAUAAAGAUGUAAUUGUACGAGACCUAAGGCCAUUUAAAAAAAAGGGCAUAAGCAAAGAAAUGAUUGAAGCUGCUAAAACUAGGGGUACAUUUUACCAAAUAAUCAAAGGUCAAUUGUACAGAGAGAAAGACUGCAUGUUUCCAGCCAGAUGUGCUGGAAUUGAACAUUUUUUAUUAAAGAUAAUUGGUAAUUUAUCCGAUACAGAUUUAGUUAUAAAUACUAGGGAUUAUCCUCAAUCUAGUGAAUAUUUUGGAAAUGCUUUGCCAGUUUUUUCAUUUAGUAAGACACCACAAUAUUAUGAUAUUAUGUAUCCAGCAUGGGCAUUUUGGGAAGGUGGUCCAGCUAUCUCGUUAUAUCCCCGUGGUCUUGGCAGAUGGGAUCAACACCGUAAAACUUUGAAUAAGGCGAGUUUGGAGAUUUCAUGGGAAAAGAAAGAAAGUAAAGGAUUUUUUCGUGGCUCUAGAACAAGUUCGGAACGCGAUAAUUUAAUUUUAUUAAGUCGUAAUAAAUCUCAUUUAGUAGACGCUCAAUAUACUAAGAAUCAAGCAUGGAAAUCUAAUGAGGAUACUUUGCACGCAACACCAGCGUCAGAAUUAUCUUUAGAAUCGCAUUGUACAUACAAAUAUUUAUUCAAUUUUCGAGGUGUGGCAGCUUCAUUUCGACAUAAACAUCUAUUUUUGUGCCGAUCACUGGUCUUUCACGUCAGCGACGAAUGGAUGGAAUUUUAUUAUUAUGCCAUGAAACCAUGGAUUCAUUACAUACCCGUUCCCAAAAAUGCAGAUCAACAAGAGUUGGAGGAUUUGAUUGAAUUUGCAAGGAACAAUGACGAUUUAGCAAAAAAGAUUGCUCAUCGCGGAAGAGACUUUAUAUGGAAUAAUUUGCGAGUGUCAGACGUUAUACAUUUUUGGAAACAACUUCUUAAAAGCUACAGUAAACUUCUAGCAUAUAAACCAGUAUUAAAAAAGGAUCUCAUAAAUAUUAGAAAAGAAUUAUGAUGAUUUUAUACAAAUAUUAAAGAUGAAUCUCGUGCGAUAUCUUCCUAUAUAAGGAUAAGUAUACAAAAAUAAGAGAGAGACGCCUAGUGUGUGUGCGUGCGCGCGUGAGUGUAUUUAUGUAAACAAAAUACGUAUAUAGCUAAUAAAUGCAAUUGAAAAUAUGAAAUGGUUAAAAUAAACAUAUGUAUUUAUUAAUAUUAUUUAUAUGACAAUGAAAAAUAUAAUACAAUAGAGAUUUUGUUUAAGGCACGACAAAAUAGCGUGGCAAGUUUCAAUAUGAAUUAUUAAAUAUCCUAAUAUCAGUAGUAACACAAAGAAAGGCGUUGCACAAUUAAAAUUACGUAUUAGACGAUAAUAUUCGAGCUGACUCAAACGAUAAUAAUUUAUAAUGAGUUUAAAAUAAGAUCAUGUAGUAAAAAAGUUAUUUUUGUGUUGCACAGAAAUUCUCUUAUUCAACAAAUAUUGAUGAAAAAUACAAAGCCUUUCUUCUUUUACUCUGAUAAUACUUAAAGGCUAAGUAUAAUCUUUAACAAUUAAGUACUGGUCAAACAUUCGUAUUAGACUAAA